AAGCCUUCUGUAAUCGGAGGCUAACAGUUUUCACUUUGUUGAUCAAAAGAAAUCUGCAUGCCUCGCCGCACAUAUCGUCAAAGAAAUAUUAUACCCAGAGUGACUCACCUGACCGAGGAUUGCGAGAGGAAUCAUGGCAGGAGAGGUGGCAGGAGAGGCGAGCGCUCAGGUAGCGCAACAGAAAGGUUCAUCCAAUAAGGUUGCAAAGAAGAAUGACGAUAAAGGAAGCACAGCGACUGCAGGGCAGACUGGAAUGGAUGCGACAGUAGCAAAGGUGAAUAUGGCCGAGGAAAAGAAGCGAAAGAAGGCAGAAAAAGCGGCGAAGCGUGCGGCUCAUAAAAGUACUGGUCCUGAGCCCUCUGCUUCAGUCUCCACGUCAAACGUUCGUAGACCAAGUAGCACUGGCGACAGAGGGGCUGCCAACGCAGCGACACAAGGCCACCGACAAAAUCAACCGAGAAGCGCACAGGAGUCUCAGCGGCCAAAGCAGAACGUACAACAGAGAGGUGCGGGCGUGGAUAGGGAAAGUGACGCUCACAAGCAAACUCACUUUACGAAGACUGCUCGUAAAUCUUCUAAAGAAAUACAGCCGUUCGGGGACUUUGCACCCAGAAAGAGGCCUCAAGUGAGCGAUGCAUCGAAGGAAGUUCAUCCAGCCGUCCUCGCCUUAGGUUUUCAAAUGUCUCACUAUGUCGUGUGUGGCUCGACCGCUCGUUCAAUAGCGAUGCUGCUAUCUUUUAAGGCCGUGAUUGACUCGUACACAACACCAGUCGGUACAUCUUUCGCGCGUCAUUUUACUGCUCAUCAUCUGGCAAAACAAAUUGACUUCUUGAUAUCAUGUCGACCUUUGUCCAUACCCAUGGGAAAUUCGAUACGUUGGCUAAAGGACAUAGUCAUUAGGGAAGACCCGUCGAAAUCCGAAUCAGAUACCAGGCGCGAUCUGAACAGAUAUAUCGACGAGUUCAUACAAGAGCGAUUUACUGCUGCCAGUACAAUCAUUGCACAAACCGCAGCCGACCGGAUACGCCCUGGCGCCAUAAUAGUAACAUACGGUGGAAGCAGCGUAGUCAAAGAGGCACUUCUGACAGCACAUGGUAAAGGAACACCGUUUUCAGUCUUCUGUGUCGAUUCCGAGCCGCUGAACGAGGGCUCCAACCUUGCUCUUGCUCUACAGGCAGCUGGCAUCAAAGUCACAAUCGCACGUAUCAAUUCUUUGACGCGCCUUAUGAAGAAAGCUAGCCUAAUUUUGAUUGGUGCCACUGCCAUGACUGGUAAUGGGGCACUGUACGCUCGCGCGGGUACUGCUGCAGUCGCAACGAUUGGCGAUGUGAACAAAGUACCAGUACUUGUUCUUUGUCAGACUAUCAAGUUUACAGAGAAGCCUAUUGUUCAUGGUCUAGAGAUGAACGAGAACGCUCCCGGUGAAGAACUUGUCGUUAGCCAACAACCACCACCGGAUUCAUUCGAUGCUCAGACAGGUGGUAUCAUACGUGUCGACAAGUGGGCACAAUGGAAGGAGAAAGAGGGAGUAAAAGUACUAAAUCUCCUUUAUGACUUGACUCCUGCCGAAUAUAUAAAAGGGGUCAUUUGCGAACACGCGACAAUACCUCCGAGUGCAGUACCAGCAAUGCUAAGACUAAGCGGUGGCCCGGCGCAAGGUGCAUGAGGAGCCUUGACACCUCUGGGGAUAGUUGAUCCUAUCAACUUUACGAAUCACCCGCUCCUGCGUGGAAGAAGCUUAUUCAACCGUCUAUUGCUCUAGAGUAUAUAUGACAGCGGGUCUCAAUCCGUGGAGACUUGAGAAUUGGCUGCAAGAGGAAAUAUAGGCACUGACCCUCCCAGGAAUGGUCACAUUUGCUUCAGUUGAGACAUCUUAUACAUGUAGCGAUGGUUGAACCUACCAAGACGAGGUAGCAUGCCAAAUGUCCUAAUACUUCCUUCAGCGUUAACUGCUUUUUUGUAUAUGUCCAGUCCUGUGCACCUUCAUAAUGUCAUUGUAUGAAGUGAGGUCCGACGGACGAUUGACUAUAUUGCUUAUGCUCUCUCG